AUGAAUUUUCUGCUACGGUCUACUAGUCACCAUGUGGCGCCUGAAAAGGUUCCUUCUCACGAACCUGCUGUAGACACGCAGUAUAUGGCGAAACCUACCAAGACUCUGGAGGGUCUUAUAUCUGAAGAUCCGUUCCCCGAAUCUCCAGUGGCGAGAAAUCGAGAAGUAGUUUCUGAUGAAUUUGGAGAUGAAAAUGGCAGUGAUGGAGGUUCGGCUUUAAAGAAAGGUUCUUGCGUUGUUGAGGGGCAUUCGGAUGUUUCUGAAGAAGAAGGAUGGAUCACUAUUCCACACAAGGAACUUCCUGAUGAGUGGAAUUCUUCGCCCAAUAUACACUCCCUACGCUCCUUGGAUCGGUCAUUUGUUUUUCCUGGUGAACAAGUUCAUAUAAUAGCAUGUUUGUCAGCAUCCGAUCGAGAUACAGAAACCAUUACUCCGUUCAAAGUUGCUGCUGUUAUGUGUAAAAAUGGCAUAGGACAAAGCCCUGAGAGACAGAAUGGAAACGUGAAUGACCGAAAUCAUGUAGAAGGAGAAAUAAAUGAUAGUGAUCAAGUUACAGGCCAAGAUGGCGACGACUCGUUGCUACAGAAGAGUGAUCCAAAAGCUGUUGUUUCGGCUAGCGAAUCCAUUCUCAGAAUGGAGGAUCACAAAAGGCAAACUGAAACAUUAUUGCACAGAUUCAAGAACUCCCAUUUUUUUGUUAGGAUUGCGGAGUCAGAUGAGCCACUUUGGUCAAAGAAAGCUGGACAAAACCGUGAGUUAGCUGACAUUGAUGGUCAGAGUUCCUUUGGGAGCGGAACCGGAAAGGCCAAAACUCAUCUCAAUGCUCUCAUCGACAAAGGAAAUUUUGAUGCCAAUGUUGCUGGUGGGGCUGCCAGAAAUAGUGUUAACUGUUGGUCUCUUUCAAAUGGCGAUAUAGUGGUACUUCUACAAGUUAAUGUUGGUACUCAUAUCCUGAGAGAUCCGGUUAUUGAGAUUCUUCAGUUUGAGAAAUACAAUACGAGAAAUCUGUGUCCAGAGAAAGCAGAUGAACUGAACUUGGCUAAUGCUGAUCCAUAUGGACAACUUCUAACAUGGUUGCUUCCUUUGGAUAACACUCUUCCUCCUCCUCGUAACUUAUCCCCACCCCAGAGAGCUCCUAUUCCAGUUAUCGCUCCCACAUCUCAGAAGCCUGUGUCUUCUGGUUCACAGCUCUUCUCUCACUUUAGAAGUUAUUCCAUGUCAUCACUGCCCCAGAAUAGCAUUCCACCUACUCAACCAGUUAAAGCCCAAAGUUCUAAACCAAACUUUGACAUCGAUGAAUGGGGAGAGUACUCAUCUCAGAAGUUGCGAUUAAAUCGUCAAAAUGGUGGCGAUGGACUUCUCUCAUUCCGGGGUGUGUCAUUAGAGCGAGAAAGAUUUUCAGUACGUUGUGGUCUGGAAGGGAUGUACAUUCCAGGAAAAAGAUGGCGGAGAAAACUUGAAAUCAUUCAACCUGUAGAGAUCCAUUCCUUCGCUGCAGAUUGUAAUACAGAUGACUUGCUUUGUGUUCAGAUAAAGAAUAUUUCUCCAGCACACUUGCCAGAUAUAGUGGUGUAUAUAGAUGCUAUAACUAUGGUUUUCAACGAGGCUUCCAAGGGUAGCCUACCUUUGUCCUUGCCAAUAGCUUGCAUUGAAGCUGGAGAUGAUCACUUUUUACCAAAUCUAGCCCUCAGGAGAGGUGAGGAGCACUCUUUCAUCCUCAAACCAGCAUCGUCAAUGUGGAAAAGUCCCAAGGGUCUGGGUGAAAGAACUUCAUUUUCAUCAGCUACACGUCCUUCUCAGAAUUCUACUGAACAGAGUAGUAGUAAUUCAAACUCUGACAUAUAUGCUAUUAUGGUAUCUUGUCGCUGCAACUACACCGAGUCAAGAUUGUUUUUCAAGCAGCCAACUAGUUGGCGGCCACGUAUCUCUAGGGAUCUUUUGAUUUCUGUUGCACCUGAACUGUCACACCGGUCUUCUACCAAUGACAGGGUUUCCCAUCUUCCGGUGCAGGUCUUAACCCUCAGAGCCUCCAAUUUGACAGCUGAAGAUCUAACUCUAACAGUUCUUGCUCCAGCCUCAUUCACUGCUCCUCCUUCAGUUGGAUCCUUGCUUUUACCAUCAACUCCUAGAAUGGCUGCAGCAAUUGGGCCUGUGAGAAAACAUGGUGAUAAGGUUGGGAGCAAAACGCACAGCAGGGUGGCUUCUGCACCUCCUGCGCUAGAGCAGCUGAAUGAGGGAGGAGGUCUAUCUGGUUCCCAGUCUUCGGCCAUACCUCAUGUCAUUUCAAGUAGUGGUUUCGGUUGCACUCAUCUUUGGUUGCAGAGCAGAGUUCCAUUAGGGUGCGUCCCUGCAAACUCAACAGCCACAAUCAAGCUUGAGCUACUUCCCCUGACAGAUGGUAUAAUCACACUCGACACCUUACAGAUAGAUGUCAAGGAAAAAGGUCUAACGUACAUCCCUGAGUACUCCCUCAAGAUCAAUGCUACGUCCAGUAUUUCUACGGGUAUUGUAUAG